AAAUUAUGAAACAAGAGACCCUAAUCACAUUUCAAAUCAACAGUAGAGCAACUCUUCAUCAUCCUCCGCUGCUGUUAAAAUCCAAGAAAAUCCCUUGUUGAAAUCGAUGAUGUUGUGUUGUUUCUAGCUCAAAUCCUCACUGAUUUGCCUCAUCUAAGUACCUCAAUCCUUUUUCUUAUGUUCUUCAAUCAUGUAGCUCGAUGGGUUUUGCUUCAAUUGAAGCUGAUACCACCACCUGAGCUACAAUGAUUAAAUUAAUGAGUUAAAGGAUUUUUUAAAACUAUUAAUCCUCAUCUUCAUAUAGAUAAUCUAUUCAUUUCUAAAUCGAAGUCCAUGGUAGAUCUGUUGCUACUGUUAUUUGAAUAUCUAGCCUUCACCAUCCCAAAUUCUCACUAGACGUACGUGGAAUGUUUUGUGGAAUUCACUCCCAGCAACAGGUCCGUAAUUAACUUAUUAGCGGGAUGAUCAAUAUUGCACCAUUUGUUUCUUGCAAAUAUCAGCCACUUAUUAAUUUCCGAGAUGGUCUAACUAUUAAUCGCUUUAUUCCCCCUCGGAGAAAGGACAAGGUGGUGAUAGUUAUUGGUGCAACUGGCACUGGAAAAUCUAGACUUUCCAUUGAUCUCGCUAACCAUUUUUCAGCAGAGGUUGUGAAUAGUGACAAAAUGCAAGUGUACAAAGGUCUAGAUAUAGUCACUAAUAAGGUGACAGAGGAGGAGACUUGCGGAAUCCCACAUCAUUUGUUAGCAUUUGUUGAUCCUAAUGAAACUUUCACUGCCACAGACUUUUGUCAACAUGCUUCACUGGCUGUGGAUUCAAUCACAAGAAAGGGUCAACUACCGAUAAUUGCUGGAGGGUCAAAUUCGUACAUUAAGGCACUAGUGAAUGAUGACAUUGAGUUUAAGUCCAGGUACGAAUGUUGUUUUCUCUGGAUUGAUGUGAAGUUGGAAUUACUGCAACGGUUCGUGUCAGAACGAGUCGAUAAGAUGGUGAAAGACGGGCUAGUAGAGGAAGCACGGGAAUUUUUCAGCCCUGAUGGCGAUUACACUAGUGGAAUCAGACGUGCAAUUGGAGUACCAGAAAUGGAUGAAUAUUUCAGAAAUGAGGAUAAGUUGAUCAACGAAGAUGCCCUGGACGAGAUGCUUCAACGUGCCAUUGAAAAUAUAAAGGCCAAUACAUGCAAAUUGGCAUGUUGCCAGCGCGAAAAUAUUCUUAGACUUGAGAGACAACUUGGGUGGAAUAUAAAUCGACUUGAUGCUACAGAAGCAUUUGAAAAGAAAGGUGGUGAAUCACAUCAAGCAUGGCGUCGGCUUGUAUCUGAACCAAGUGCUCGAUUUGUUCACUAUUUUCUUGGUGAAGAGCUUCUCAAUAUCCCUACUCCAUCUUCUUCCUCAACUUCCUUCUUACCUGCAGUUGCUACUGCAACGCACUAAAAAAUAUUUAUACAAUCAAUAAUUCUUGAAUCUUUGUUCGUAUACCCAACAGUUCAUUCUAGAUCAGACAUCUCGUCUGCAUGGAAGAAUGGAAAUACUUUCCUAGGAAGUCUUUUGAUCUCUUUCCUUUAGUUGUGGACUUGAAAUACCUCUUGGAAUUUAGUGCCUUGGCCCCCUAACUACUGAAUGUUAAGUGGUGGCAGCUAUAUUGCGCUAGGUGCACGAGCCAAUUUUCUAGGUUCUUUAUAUUGUGGGGCCUUGUUAACUUUUUGAAUGUCUCUGGUGUAUUCUAUGCACCUAAAAUAAACCGUGCAGAACAUUUGCCACCACCCCGUUCACUGGCUUCACACAUGGGGCUAAAAAAAGGAAGAGAGGCUGAGUGACUUCAAUUUUUAUAUUCUGUACUUUGACAUGAGCUGUAUUAUUCUCACUCUAAUGUAAAAGUACUUUGCAUGUAAGUAUAUGAAUAUGAGGUGAUGUCUUAAGGGAAUUCCUCAUGUUUGUUUAUGAUUCAAUGAAUGAGUCAUUAGUGCACGAGCAA